UUUUCCUUUUUUUUUUCAGCUUCUUCUUCUUUGUUCUUCCUUCUUCUUCAGCAGUGGAAGACUUAAAUCUCUCCUUCAAGAACAUUUAUGGUUCUUUAAAGGGGUUUAGGUUUAAUAGCAUCUUCUUCUGAUUCAUUAUUUUUCUUCUUUUUCCUUUUAUUUUUUGAGGGGUUUGUUUGGAUUUUUGUCUGUCCCUCCCCCAUUGAUACUCAGCUCAACCUCGCCAAGAACUUGCUCAAUUUCUCCCUUUCCUCAUUUGGGUUGCUCUUUCUUCACCGCAUUUGAAGUGGAUCCAUUACCACACCCCAAGAUUUUUAUCAGAUCAGAGUCUUUACUAGAAUGGCUUCUACUACCGGUCUUGUAGUUGGAUCUUUUGUUUGGUUGGAGGAUUCUGAAGAAGCUUGGAUAGAGGGCGAAGUUCUAGAAAUUCGUGGCGAUGAAAUUAAAGUCGUAUGCACCUCGGGGAAGACGGUUGUGGUUAAAGCAGCUAAUGUCUAUCCCAAAGAUUCCGAAGUGCCACCAUGUGGGGUGGAUGACAUGACCAAGUUGGCUUACUUACACGAACCAGGGGUGCUACACAAUUUAAAAUUGAGAUAUGAUAUCAACGAAAUAUAUACUUAUACGGGGAACAUAUUGAUUGCGGUGAACCCUUUUACAAAGUUACCUCAUCUCUAUGAUAGCUAUAUGAUGGCACAAUAUAAAGGGGCUGCAUUCGGUGAGCUGAGUCCACAUCCAUUUGCAGUUGCAGAUGCUGCCUACAGACUUAUGGUCAAUGAGAAAAAAAGUCAAUCCAUAUUGGUCAGUGGUGAAAGUGGGGCUGGAAAGACGGAAAGUACGAAGUUGCUUAUGCGUUAUCUUGCGUAUAUGGGAGGGAGAGCUGCUACUGAAGGGAGGUCUGUUGAGCAGCAAGUUCUGGAGUCAAAUCCUGUUCUAGAAGCAUUUGGGAAUGCAAAGACGGUUCGGAACAACAACUCAAGUCGAUUCGGUAAGUUUGUGGAGAUCCAAUUUGACCAAAGGGGAAGAAUAUCAGGAGCUGCUAUCAGAACUUACUUGCUGGAAAGAUCACGUGUUUGUCAGGUGUCAGAUCCGGAGAGAAAUUAUCAUUGCUUCUACAUGCUUUGUGCUGCGCCACCUGAGGAGGUCAAGAAGUAUAAAUUGGGAAACCCAAGAGAUUUCCAUUAUCUAAAUCAAUCAAAUUGCUAUGAGUUGGAUGGAAUUGAUGAUGCCAAGGAAUAUAUUGCUACGAGAAAAGCAAUGGAAGUCGUUGGAAUAAGUUUGGAUGAGCAGGAUGGAAUUUUUCGUGUCGUGGCUGCAAUUCUUCAUCUUGGAAACAUAGAAUUUGCAAAAGGGAAGGAGGCUGAUUCUUCUGUUCCCAAAGAUGAAAAAUCUUGGUUCCAUCUUAGAACUGCUGCUGAGCUUUUCAUGUGUGAUGAAAAGGCCCUGGAAGAUUCUCUCUGCAAACGUGUGAUCGUCACUCGUGAUGAAACUAUCACAAAGUGGCUGGAUCCGAAUUCUGCAGCUCUUAGCCGAGAUGCUCUGGCAAAAAUUGUAUACUCUAGGUUGUUUGAUUGGCUGGUGGACAAAAUUAAUAAUUCAAUUGGUCAGGACCCUGAUUCAAAGUUCUUGAUUGGAGUGCUGGAUAUCUAUGGAUUUGAGAGUUUCAAGACUAACAGUUUUGAGCAAUUUUGCAUCAACUUGACUAAUGAAAAGCUUCAGCAGCAUUUCAAUCAGCAUGUUUUCAAGAUGGAGCAAGAAGAGUACACUAAAGAGGAAAUUGAUUGGAGUUAUAUUGAUUUUGUUGAUAAUCAAGAUGUCCUUGAUCUCAUUGAAAAGAAACCUGGUGGUAUCAUUGCCCUUCUGGAUGAAGCUUGUAUGUUCCCCAGAUCAACUCAUGAAACAUUUGCUCAAAAGUUGUAUCAGACAUUCAAAAACCAUAAACGCUUCAGCAAACCAAAAUUAGCCCGGAGUGACUUCACCAUUGUUCAUUAUGCUGGUGAUGUCACCUAUCAGACCGAUUUAUUUCUGGACAAAAAUAAAGACUACGUUGUUGCUGAACAUCAAGCGCUCUUGGGUGCCUCCAAAUGCUCCUUUGUGUCGUGUUUGUUUCCUCCAUUAGCUGAAGAAUCAUCCAAAUCUUCGAAGUUCUCAUCAAUAGGUUCUCGUUUCAAGCUGCAAUUGGUAGCACUUCUGGAAACUCUAAGUGCUACUGAGCCCCAUUACAUUCGAUGUGUAAAGCCCAAUAAUCUUCUAAAGCCUUCUAUCUUCGAGAAUCAAAAUAUAUUACAACAAUUACGAUGUGGGGGAGUCAUGGAGGCAAUUAGGAUAAGUUGUGCUGGUUUUCCAACAAGGAAAACAUUUGAUGAAUUUGUUGACCGAUUUGGACUCCUUGCACCCGAAGUUUUGGAUGGAAGUUCUGAUGAAGUGGCUGCUUGCAAGAGGCUUCUAGAGAAGGUUGGACUUAAAGGAUACCAGAUCGGUAAGACAAAAGUCUUUCUUAGAGCUGGUCAGAUGGCUGAACUUGAUGCACUCAGGACUGAGAUCUUAGGGAGAUCUGCAAGUAUUAUUCAGCGGAAAGUUCGUUCUUAUUUGGCACGUAGAAGUUUUGUGUUACUUCGGAGGUCAGCUACACAUCUACAAUCUGCAUGUAGAGGACAACUUGCUCGACAAGUAUUUGAGGGCAUGAGGAGAGAAGCUUCUUCUAUAAUGAUUCAAAGGAAUUUGCGCAUGCAUAUCUGCAGGAAAGCUUACAAAGAAAAGUACUCUUCAGCUGUUUCUAUUCAAACUGGAAUGCGUGGAAUGGCUGCUCGCAAUGAGCUACGCUUCAGAAGGCGGUCUAAAGCAGCAAUUAUUAUUCAGAGCUACUGUCGUAGAUAUUUGGCUCAGCUGCACUAUAAGAAGUUAAAGAAAGCAGCAAUCACCACUCAAUCUGCAUGGAGAGGAAGAGUUGCUCGUAAGGAACUACGGAAACUGAAGAUGGCUGCAAAGGAAACAGGAGCUCUUCAAGCCGCGAAAAAUAAAUUGGAAAAGCAAGUCGAAGAAUUAACGUGGAGACUGCAGUUGGAGAAGCGCAUGAGGGCUGAUUUGGAAGAAGCUAAAACACAAGAAAACGAGAAGCUGCAAUCUGCUUUGCAAGAUAUGCAGCUUCAGUUGAAAGAAACAAGAACGAUGUUCGAGAAGGAACGAGAAGCUGCAAAGAAGGCUGCCGAUAUUAUUCCAAUUGUGAAGGAGGUUCCAGUUAUUGAUAAUGCGAUAAUCGAGAAAAUUUCUGGUGAAAAUGAAAAGCUCAAGGCGUUGGUAUGUUCACUGGAAAAGAAAAUUGGCGAAACAGAGAAAAAAUAUGAAGAGGCGAACAGAGUUAGUGAAGAACGGUUGAAGCAAGCAUCGGAGGCCGAAACAAAAAUCAUUCAAUUAAAGACUGCAAUGCAGAGGCUUGAACAAAAAUUCUCAAAUAUUGAAUCUCAAAAUCAGAUUCUUCGCCAGCAGACCUUCAUGACAACACCAGUGAAAAAAAUGGCUGACCAUCUUCCUAUUGCAGUAGCAGAGAAAUUGGAGAACGGUAGCCAUUUGAUUGAAGAUAACAAAAUCGAUGAGCAGCAGCUCGUAACACCCGUGAAAGCGCUGAAGAGAAUUAGCUCAGAAUCUGAAAUUAAGUUGAGUCGACCUCUUUUCGAAAAUCAACACGAGAAUGUUGAUGCUCUUGUCAGUUGUGUCAUGAACAACAUUGGGUUCAGUAAUGGGAAGCCUGUAGCUGCCUUUACCAUUUAUAAAUGUCUUCUUCACUGGAAAUCUUUCGAAGCCGAAAAAACAAGUGUGUUCGAUCGCCUAAUUCAGAUGAUUGGAUCUGCAAUAGAGAAUCAAGAUAACAAUGAUCAUCUAGCCUAUUGGUUGUCGAACACAUCUGCGCUACUGUUCUUGCUUCAAAGAAGCUUGAAAGCUGCCGGUGCUCCCCGAAAACCGCCAACUUCAACAUCCUUAUUUGGAAGGAUGACUAUGGGUUUUCGUUCGUCUCCUUCUUCCAACAGUCUUGGAUCUGCGCUUAAGGUCGUGCGCCAAGUGGAUGCUAAAUAUCCAGCUUUGCUAUUCAAGCAGCAGUUGACAGCAUAUGUCGAAAAAAUAUUCGGAAUUAUCCGAGAUAACUUGAAGAAGGAGUUGACAUCAUUGCUGUCCUUGUGUAUCCAAGUACCAAGAACAUCGAAGGGAGUAUUACGAUCGGGAAGAUCAUUUGGAAAAGAUACUCAAACAAAUUACUGGCAGAGCAUCAUAGAAUGCCUCAACAUGCUUCUGUGUACAUUGAAAGAAAAUUUUGUUCCGCAAAUACUUACCCAGAAUAUCUUUGUUCAAAACUUUUCAUAUAUUAAUGUUCAACUCUUCAAUAGCCUUCUUCUUCGUCGAGAAUGUUGUACGUUCAGCAAUGGGGAAUAUGUCAAAUCCGGGUUAGCUGAGUUGGAGCUUUGGUGCUGCCAGGCAAAAGAGGAGUAUGCUGGUGCUUCUUGGGAUGAGCUUAAACACAUAAGACAAGCUGUUGGGUUCUUGGUUAUACAUCAGAAAUACAGAAUUUCAUAUGAUGAAAUCACCAAUGAUCUUUGCCCGAUUCUGAGUGUCCAGCAACUUUAUAGAAUAUGUACACUCUACUGGGAUGACAACUAUAACACACGAAGCGUGUCGCCUGAUGUAAUAUCCAGUAUGAGAGUGCUCAUGACUGAGGACUCCAACAGUGCAGUUAGCAGUUCCUUCCUAUUGGAUGACAAUUCUAGCAUCCCUUUCUCGGUCGAAGACCUCUCGAACUCACUGCAAGAGAAAGAUUUCUGCGGCGUGAAGCCUGCCGACGACUUGCUUGAGAACCCAGCCUUCCAAUUUUUAAACGAGUGAGGCUAAGAACGGGUCGAGUAGGGUGUUUUUCAGCUGAUUUCUGUUCUGUUGGGUGGCUCGUCAAGCAGCUCAGCUCCAGCUCAGCUCGGAAAUCUUGUUUUUGUACCAUCCUCCCACAAAGAAAGGUCCCUCUCCUUGAUGAAAUUUUAUUUAUUCAUUCAAUCUGGGUUUGGUAUUGUAAAUUCUUCUUCACUAGGACUGAGGAGUGUUUGGGUAUAGUGUUUGUAUUCUUUUUAUUGUUCUUAUGCCAUCAUUGGCUGCAUUUUUUAGCAUUUUUUCUUCUUCUUUUGGUGGCUGAGACACUCUACUCUCCACUCACAUUUCAUUGUAUAAAGGAGUACACAUCAAGUUUGUAUAAAUUUGGUAAGAAAUAAUAGGAACAGUUCUUCACU